GAUAUAAAUAUAGGUAAGCUUCAAGAUUGGUUAGUGAGUCGGCGACAUGUAAACAAGGAAUGGCAGAAAAGUAUCAUAGCUGUUCGAGAGAAGAUAAAUAAUGCCAUUCAAGACAUGCCAGCACACGAAGACAUAGCUGCUUUACUAUCAGGCAGCUACAUUAAUUACUUUCACUGUCUAAAAAUCAUUGAAAUCCUGAAAGAAACAGAAGCGGACACAAAGAAUUUGUUUGGUAGAUAUGGUUCUCAAAGAAUGAAGGAUUGGCAGGAUGUUGUGAGGAGUUAUGAAAAAGAAAACUUAUAUCUCGCUGAAGCCGCACAAAUGUUGGUCAGAAAUAUUAAUUACGAAAUUCCUGGCUUAAAAAAGCAGAUUGCAAAAGAAGAACAGUUGCAAACAGAGUGUGAAAAAAAACAUGUAGACUAUUUAAAAAAUGAAGCGUCGAGUAAAACAGAAUUUUUAACUCUUUGUAAACAGCUUGGUAUUAAGGGUGAUAAAAUAAAGAGAGAACUCGUGGAACGGUUAAAAGGAUUGCCUGAAAUAUAUGACAAGAUAGGUAAAUCACUCAAGCCCCUACAACCUGCUAUAGAAUUAUAUUCAGCGUUUACUAAGUAUAUACUCGGGGAGCAGGCUUCGGAAGUAUUACCACUUCUGAAGUAUGUUGUCGAACAUGGGAAUACUACGGUGUAUGAGUGGAGUUAUGGCGAGCCACCAUUGAGUGUUGAGCCUGACCCUGUGCAUAUAGAAUUAGAAGAUAAGGACCAAGCUGGUGGUGAUCAGAUCGAUUUUGGAGACAAUGCAAUAGAUUUUGGUGGGGAAACACCAUCAGGUGAAAUAGAUUUUGGUGAUGGGGAUGCAGGAGGCGAGAUAGACUGGGGUAACAUUGAUGUGGCGCCUCCAGAUGUUGAUGUGUCAGCGGAUGUUGCAGCGAUAUCUCUUGCUGAAUCCGGUAUCGUGGUAGAGGAGCAGGGGGUGGGAGGUGGUGUGGCGCGGGGGAGGGAAGCCUUGAGCCUCCUAGAUAACACCACCACAAGGAACCAGUUUAUUGACCAGCUUGUUGAGCUAGAAUCAUUCUUGAAGAUGCGACUCUACGAAACGAACGCGGCUAACGAAAGCCAGACAUUCUCUCUCAUAGAGCAAUUGCCGACAGAGAGUGAGAGCGCUCUCGCCGCCAUGUUGUCUGCCGUACAAAGUGCUUCUUCAGCCAUUACUGCUACUGAAAUAACGCAUUUACAUAAUGUUAAGCAUUCACCUAGAUACGUGGACGUACUAACAGCACAGUUGCAGCAAAAACUGGCGUUGUGUGACAAGCUGGCAACACUGGCUGCUCGGGAGAAAGACCGGCAAGCAGUUGCCAGCCAACGAGCUGAUCAACUGAGACCGCUGUUAGCCAGGAUCAUCGCCCGAACUAAGGAACUACAGGAUGACAUUCAAAGUGAGAUCUCAAAGAAAUACAAGGGAAGGCCAGUGAACAUAAUCGGCGGCGUCAAGUUUUUGUAAUAUGAAAAAUGAAAGUGGUCAGUGAAAAUAUAUGAUGGAGCUGUAUAUUUUUUUAUGGAUGUGAAAUUGUUGUAUAAAGGAAUUUUAUUAAAUGAUUAUUUAAUAAAGCCUUUUAGUGCCUUAAUGA